AUGAUUAAUGGCCAAUCCCGGCCUCCUGAUUUGCCCUACAAAACCCUAAGUACUCGGCCUCAUACUUCACUUUCCAUGCUUCAUGCUCGAACCAAGAUGAAUCUCCUCGUGCCUCUAGUAGCAGGCCAGCUUCUGCGAAUCGCAUACUAUACCACCGGACUCAUUCUGGUGUCCAUCGUCCUCAAUGUGAUCAGCCAGCUCUUCCUCUAUAACAAAAAGGAACCACCUGUUGUUUUCCACUGGGUCCCUUUCAUCGGGAGUACAAUUGCCUAUGGCAUGGACCCAUAUCGGUUUUUCUUCGCAUCUCGUGCAAAGUACGGUGAUAUCUUCACAUUCAUCCUCCUCGGCAAGAAGACAACCGUCUAUCUCGGCGUUGAAGGCAACGAGUUCAUCCUCAACGGGAAGCUGAAGGACGUCAACGCCGAAGAAGUCUACGGGAAACUUACAACGCCCGUCUUCGGGUCUGACGUUGUCUACGACUGUCCAAACUCCAAACUAAUGGAGCAAAAGCGUUUCAUCAAAUACGGCCUAAGCCAAACAGCCCUAGAAUCCUACGUCCCCUUAAUCGCCUCCGAAACAGAAUCCUACAUAAAAACCUCCCAAUCCCUCAAAGGCCAAUCCGGCACCCUCGACCUGACCCCAACAAUGGCCGAAAUAACAACCUACACAGCAGCCCGCACCCUGCAAGGCAUCGAAGUCCGCUCAAAACUAACCUCCGACUUCGCCUCCCUCUUCCACGACCUCGACCUAGGUUUCUCCCCAAUAAAUUUCCUCCUCCCCUGGUUCCCGCUUCCACACAACCGCAAACGCGAUCUAGCCCACGCCCGAAUGCGCGAAAUCUACCUCUCAAUCAUCAAAGCGCGGCGCGCCACUUCUACCUCCUCUCCAUCCGAGAAGAAAAGUCAAGAACCAGACAUGAUCACCAAUCUCAUGAACUGCAUCUACCGCGACGGCACUCCAAUCCCAGACAAGGAAAUCGCUCACAUGAUGAUCACUUGCCUAAUGGCCGGUCAACACUCUUCAUCCUCGAUAAGCUGCUGGAUACUCCUGCGUCUCGCCUCGCAGCCGGAGAUAGCGGAGGAGUUGUUCGCAGAACAGAAAGAGAAUUUGGGAGAUGAUCUGCCGCCGCUGCGCUAUGCGGAUUUGGAGAAGUUGCCGCUGCUAAGGAAUGUUGUUAAAGAGACACUCAGGAUCCACUCGUCUAUUCAUACGCUUAUGCGGAAGGUGAAGAAUCCCAUGGCUGUGCCUGGCACGGAGUUUGUUGUUCCGGUUGGUCAUACGCUGCUUGCUUCGCCGGGUGUUACGGCGAGGGAUGAGAGGUAUUUUGUCCAGCCUUUGCGGUGGGAUCCGCAUCGGUGGGAGAGGGAGGGUAUUAGUGCUAGUGCUAGUGAUGGUGGGGAUGGGGAGGGUGAGACGGUUGAUUAUGGGUAUGGGGUUGUUUCCAAGGGGACGAGGAGUCCUUAUUUGCCUUUUGGGGCGGGGAGACAUCGGUGUAUUGGGGAGAAGUUUGCGUAUUUGAAUUUGGAGGUUAUUGUUGCGACGUUGGUUAGGAGGUUCAGGUUUUAUAAUCUUGAAGGGAGGGAGGGAGUGCCGGAGACGGAUUACUCGUCUCUCUUUUCACGGCCUAUGCAGCCCGCCACGGUGCGAUGGGAGGUUCGUUCGUAG